AUGGACUAUGAUGAGCUUACCGUCGAAGAAAAAGAAAGGCUACACUACAUUAGACAGCAAAAGACUCAGGUUAUGAAAAAUAUUGAGUCUCUAAAACUUGAACUUAAUGAUAUAACAAGCCAAAUUGAAAACCUUGGGUUUUCUGUCGAUGGAGAGGACCCAUCUGUUAGACGGCUUGCGUUUGGCUGCAAGGAAUUCAAUAGGAAUCCAAAACAGGGUCUGGAGUAUCUUUUCGACAAUAAUAUAAUUGGAAGGUCUCCGGACGACGUAGCGAAAUUCUUUAUUGAUCAAAAUCACAAUUUGUCUAAACAUGCCGUUGGCACCUAUAUUGGCGAAAUUUGUAAGGAAUUUAACAUGCAAGUUUUGGAUGCAUUCUCCAAGUUGCAUAACUUCAAGGACGAGGAGUUUUUACCGGCUCUUAGACAAUUUUUGCUUAGCUUCCAACUGCCUGGAGAGAGUCAGAAAAUCGAUCGCAUUUUAACGAGUUUCUCUGAACGCUAUGUAGAGCAAAAUCCUUCAGUUUUUAACUCACCACAUGAGGCUUAUGUACUCUCUUACGCCGUUAUUUUAUUAAAUACUACACUACAUAAUAUAAAUGCAAAAAGCCAAAAUCUAGGUUUAGCAGAAGAAAAAACAUUUGUACGUGCCAUGAUGGAAUUUGAUGAAGAAACUAACUUGUCCGAAGAUCUUGUUCGUAAAAUUUAUCGUGCUAUUAAAACUGAACCACUUCGUCCAGUUUCUGACGACUCAUCUGUAUGUGGAUCCAAUCAAAAUAAUGGAAUUCAUAAAGGAUGGUUAUGGAAACUUGGUGGUCGGGUUAAAAGUUGGAAAAGACGAUGGUUUGUACUAACAGAGGACAGUCUUUUAUAUUAUCUUACUCCUGACCGCUCUCGUCAAACCAAAGGUGUUAUCCCACUGGAAGGGAUCAAUAUUCGACUAAUACAUGAUAAAACAAGAGAGAAUUGUUUCGAAUUAUAUUGUCCACGAAAUCAAUUAAUUAAAUCGUGUAAAGUUGAAAGAGAAUUAGCCACAGGUCAUCAGCAUACAGUAUACAGAAUGGCUGCACCUACACUUAUUGAAAGAGAUGAAUGGAUUCGUAUGUUAGAACGUGUAACACAUCGUUUAGCUGAACGACGUAGUACACGAAGUAUCAGUGUCGAUUGUACCGGUUCUUCUAGUUCUGGUACUAUAGGAUCAACUAGUCAUCAUCACCAUCAUUUACCACCUCCUGUAUCCUCUCUAUCGUUAAGGCGUAAUGGAGCUGGAAGUCAACCGGAUUUACCUAGUCAACAGUCUGUAUUAAAUUAA